AUGAGAUUACUGGUUAGCUGCACGGAUAGCGGAUCAUUGAAAGAGGUAGUCUGUAACAAGGGCACCAACACAUCCAUACAGGCAUCUUUGCAACCGUUCCAUCUCUCCACACAUCUCUCACAGGGUUUAUCACAUUCCAUCGAUGCUCUUUUGCAAGUUGGGGAUGAUAAGUUAUUAAUCGCAAGGUGCGAUGGGACUGUGCAAUUGGUGCAAAUGAAAUUGAAGCAAGAAAAGAUGGCCCUAGAGAAUGAGACGGAAGAAUUUGAAUUUGAAUGUACUGAAUUUGAAAUUUUGAAUUCGUUGGAUUCGUUAACUGAUGAUUCCAAGUUGAUACCGUUGUAUAAGAAUUCUAAGAGAAGAACACAAUUAAAAGAUGGGAUCGUCGCGUUACUCCCAUUGAGAGAGAAUUGCUACUUUCUGGGAACCAGAUCUGGUUUGUUCCAUAUUAUUAGCAUUGUUAAGGAUACUGUGUUAGAAAAAGUUAAUACUUUUGAAGUGAAAGCUCCAUUAGAAUUUGUUCAAUUAUAUGAUCUAGACAAGACAUCCACAAGCUAUGUGUUUGCAUAUGGGGGUGAAGAAAAUUUAAUUAAGCUAGUGGAAUUAGAUUCUGAGUUCCAAAAUCUAAAGCAAAUAUGGGAGGCCAAGAAUGUCAAGAAUGAUAGGUUGGAUAUGAGAGUUCCUGUAUGGCCCACAUCAGUGAAAUUUUUGAAACCAUUUCCUGAGAAAUCACAAGAGAAGGAUUCAUUAAAUUAUCAAUUCAUUACAGUUACACAUUGGUCUCAUUUGGGUAAAUAUAAGACGGUACAUGGCCGUAAACCACUAGAAUAUAUAGAUCUAUUACCCAAUCGUGAACCGCUAACAGAUUUACAAAUUUCAUCAACUACUGCUGAGGUAACUGCCAAUGGGAAUCUGGAAAGUGACGAUUUGAAUGAUUUUACAUUCAUCACCAGAGAUACAAAGAAAGACGUGAUAAAAUUCAAUAGUACUGGCCGUUUAAUAAAGAAGUAUGGUAAGGGUGACAUUGUGGGUGCCACAUCCUUUACUGCUGUUUACCAAAAGAAAUAUCUAUUACAAGGUGGUCUCGACAGGUACCUUCGUGUGUUUGACCUUGAAACGAGUCAAUUAUUAGUUAAAGUUUACAUUGGUGGGAAAGUCAAUUUUGUUACCAUGAUGGAUGAAAACGAUAUUGCUCUUCCAGGGAGAGAUGCCAAUGGUGUGAAACUAUCUGAAAAGGACAAGAAGAAGAGGGCCAGAAGGGAGGAAAUGGAGGAAGAUGCAGAACAGUUGUGGAAUCGUCUGGAAAGUUCCAACAAGAAACUGAAAAAAUGA